AUGUCUGCAGACCCUACGAUCGAAAAAACUGCCAUCCUGGCCAAGUACCUCGACCUAGACCAACGCGGCGCCGUGAUCGCCGAGUACGUGUGGAUCGACGGCACCGGCAACGUGCGUUCCAAGGGCCGCACCCUGAGGAAACCCGUGACCAGCGUCGACGAGCUGCCAGAGUGGAACUUCGACGGCUCCUCCACCGGCCAGGCCCCAGGCCACGACUCCGACGUGUACCUCAAACCCGUCGCCUACUACCCAGACCCCUUCCGUCGCGGCGACAACGUAAUCGUGCUUGCAGAGUGCUGGAACAACGACGGCACUCCCAACAAAUUCAACCACCGUCACGAGGCCGCCAAGCUCUUCGAGGCCCACAGCGCCGCCGACAUCUGGUUCGGUCUGGAACAAGAAUACACCCUCUUCGACACCUCCGACAAAGUGUACGGCUGGCCCCAAAACGGGUUCCCAGCUCCCCAGGGCCCAUACUACUGCGGUGUCGGUGCUGGCAAAGUGUACGCCCGUGACGUCAUCGAGGCCCACUACCGUGCCUGUCUAUACGCCGGCAUCAAGAUCGCCGGUAUCAACGCCGAGGUCAUGCCCUCGCAAUGGGAAUUCCAAGUCGGCCCUUGCACCGGCAUCGAGAUGGGUGACCAGCUGUGGAUGGCCCGUUACCUCAUGUCCCGGGUCUCGGAAGAGUUUGGCGUCAAGAUCUCGUUGCACCCUAAGCCUUUGGCUGGUGACUGGAACGGUGCUGGCUGCCACACCAACGUCUCGACCAAGGAGAUGCGUGUCCCAGGCGGCAUGAAGUACAUCGAAGAAGCCAUCGAAAAGCUCAGCAAAAGACACGCCGAGCACAUCAAGCUAUACGGUGCCGACAACGACAUGCGUCUAACGGGUCGCCACGAAACUGCGUCCGUGACCAGCUUCUCGUCUGGUGUUGCCAACCGUGGUGCCUCGAUCAGAAUCCCAAGAUCUGUUGCCAAGGAGGGCUACGGCUACUUCGAGGACAGAAGACCAGCCUCCAACAUCGACCCUUACUUGGUCACUGGUAUCAUCUGCGAGACUGUUUGCGGUGCCAUUGACAACGCCGACAUGACCAAGGAGUACGAAAGAGAAAGUGCGUAA